AUGUCUCAUCCUGCGGCGCACAGCUUCGACGAGGAGCCUCUGGAGCUGAAACCUCGCCCUCGCCGUCCUUUUGAGCUCUCCUCGGACCCACCGACACCUACCAACGACUCGCCCAAUGCGAAUACAUUUCCCCCUUCAAUGGACUUCAAGGAGGGCAGCACUCCCUCUCGAAACCGCAGUUUCCUGAACCUCACAUCCUCGACCCUCUUCGGCAUCUACUCUCCUUCAGAUUUGGGUACAGACACCACAUCUGCCACUCCCAUUGGCGACGGAACCCAGACACCCGUGGAUCGUCGAUCCUUCGAUUUCACCCGCAGCGACAAGAGUCGAAACGCUCUCCCGAGUGCCGCCUUCACCAAGACCUCGAAUGGGAAAAUCACACGUCGGGACACAAACUCGCGUCCUCGACCACUGACAAGAAAAAAGACCUUUACAAACUUCGUCCUACCCACCACAGCUCGUCUUGCCACGCUGUUCGUGGUGGGAGGGCUCUAUGGAAGUCUGAUCUCGCAUCUACAUGACGCACAACAUCUUGCACCCACCGCCGUGGCGUUGGAUCGGCAGAAUUGGCCGUAUUACAUCGUUUGGGGACUCAUUGCGGUCGUGUUGGGAGAGGCACUACCUUGGGCGGAUAUGCUGUGGGCGGAGGAUGAUGAUGAAGAUGUGAUGGAGGACGAGACAAAUGCGAAUGCAACACGAGGGCGAAGACGGGACAGCUGGCUGGAUGCUGUGCGCUCCCUCGGCCUGUUCGUGGGGAUUGCAUUUGCUAUCAGAAAGUUGCCGUGGCAGAGCACACUCCAGCUGAGCUUGACACUCGCAUUGACUGGACCAGCGGUGUGGUAUCUUAUCGACCGGAGCCCGCCCGCCUUCUUACUCAGCUCCGUCGUGGCGCUUGGUGGGACGGUGCUGACGCUGGCUAUCAACCCUAGCUUGCUGCCAAGCCCCAAUCCGAGGGAGUUGCUGGAGGGUGUCCUCAGGAAUGGGACGACAAGAGGAGAUGAUUUGGUUCUUGGAGUUUUCAGGACGGAUAGCGUUGGCGUUGCUACAUGGAUUGCAAGCGUAUUGUUUGUCAGUGCCGUGUGCUUUGGGAAUGUGGGAAGGAGGCUGGCGAGCAAGAGGGAAGUGUAG